AUGGAGGACUCGGUGGAAAUCGAUGUCAGGAGAGCAGGGACGAGCUUCACAGUGGAAAGGAGGGACCACAGGGGACUGGGCACCAUACUACGCAACCCACUAAUACAAAAUGUGCUUCCACACCUCGACCCAGAAGACGAGAGAAAACUGAUGCAGGCGGUCGUGCGAACAGAAAAACGUAGGGAAAUGAGGAGAAUGGAGCAAAAAAGGGAACAGAUAAAACAGGAGACCAAAUUCAUCAGGGAAAUAGGCAGGAAAGCAGACAGGAAAAUUCUCCCAAAGACGACAGCCAAACUGCUCGUCAGGGAGAAAAGAAAGCGCGCGAAGUCACCCAAGCGCAAACCCGGAACAUCAGAGCCUCUCCCCCUACUAUUUGAUACACACCCGACCACAGAUACGGCGGACGAAGCUGCAGAGACGGCCACUCCAGGCCCAAGCAACGCAUCUGCGGGAGAAACGAUCGUGACGGACGGGUCUCCCGCAGAAGCGUCAACGCCAGCAGUAACAACAAACGAAAAUCCCAAACCUAGCACGUCCUCCCUAGUACAAGACGCUACACACGACACGCAAGACGCACCACCCACGAACUCGCCCCAGAGCCCAGAGCCGGCACACGCAAACGUCACCGCAGCAGCCGAGCACGCGCCCGCCACAGCCGAGGAGCCGGAAGCUAACGGUACCUUCGAGCUGGCGCGGCGCACGGCCAAGGUCAAGCCGCCACCAGCCGCGGCCGGCACUGCCUGCGCCACAAGCAACAAAUACGACGCGCUCGAUGAAGACGCGCAAACACCCCCAGCCCCACCACCACCAAAGACACAACAAAACACGCAACAUCCCAAACAUGAAAGACUACCACCCAUAGUCGCCACGUAUCCAGAUACAUACAAAAAAAUGUACGAUCUUAUCACUGCCGCCAUAGGCGACGAACGCUUCCACGCAAAAUCUGCCGGCGGUGAUAAGAUCAAAAUCACACUGAAAACGAUAGACGACUACAACACAACAAAAAACACAUUAAAACAACACCAUAUACCGCACUACACGUACCCCACAGGCGCACAAAAGACUUUGAAAGUCGUCUUAAGAGGCUUCCCCACACGCACCGACCCCGCCGACAUCAAGGACGCCAUAACGGCGAAAGGAUACGACGUAAGGACCCCCUUCACGUGGGACCAGUCCGCGGUCACUCGUUUAGACUCUGUCUCUUCCUCUUCGGCCUUCCGCAUGGAAGCACAAAUGACUGACACGGCGGCUGCCACCCCGUCUGAGCACGCUCAGGCGGCGGCUGCACCUGCCCCGCGACCUGCAGUAAACGAGGCCACGACCACGGUCGUUCCCUCCGCUGCACCCCCAGGAUAUGUCCCGCUAACCGGGCUACAACUGUUCGCCAUAAUGAACAGAAUGGCCAAAGCCGCCACAGCCUCUGAAAGAGAGGCUGCAGAGAAGGCUUACGAGCGGUUUAAAAAAUUCGAACUUGCCGCUACGUCGCCAGGCACAGCCAAAGAAGAGGUCUGUUUACCGUCAGGAGCCCUGCCAGGCGUGUCCAAUCAAGAGGACACUGCCCUGCCGGAGGCGGCCCUGAAGGGAGCAGUGCCGCCAGGCUUGGUUCCCCAAACAACCAAUGUUCUGUCGGCCCCCUCUCCGGUCCAGACCAAUCAAGAGGCUGCUGACCUGCCGUCCACAGCACAAAAGGUCACAACGAUUCCAGAAGCGAACCUGGAACAGCUUCUUCUACAUGAAGAAGCAAUGGACGUCGCGCUGCCGUCUCGCAAGAGGCCAGCGACGACGGACGAGGACGAACCACCAGCAAGCGCGCUUUCUUCUGUCCACAGGCUGACCCAGAAGAAGAAACAACACGCGCCAGAGGGCGCCAAAGACGAGGAGGCCGCCCAAGAAGAAGAGGGCGAGUUCGUCGUCCCUAAGCGGAGACACACGGCUCGGGCAAAGAUGCUCGAAACCGUGACGCCUCUGCAGACGACUAACUCCUUCGCUGCUGUCCAAGACGACAAUGAGGACACAGAGACAGGGCAGGUGCCCAUAAAGCAAGCGCCUGCACCGCCUCCGAUCACAAUCCAGUGGAAGGAGGACUACAACUCCUUCCUACAGUUGUUUAAAGACGUCCCCUCCCUCUCUGUUAAGACUCAGGGACCCGAUCUGCUGAGAACAACUGUCCGCUCGAUGGACGACUACCGUCGAGCCAUGAAUAGACCAACCCCACUGUUCCAGAGGACUCUGGAAUUCCGGACUUGCCCUUGUCCAACAGCUCAGCGUGUGGACAUCGCCAAGUGCCCCCCACCACCAGCAUCCCACUGCAAAGUGCGGAACGCCCCAUGCGGCGACCGGUAG